UAACGUUAAAGCUAGUUAGCUGGUUAGAUUGCUUACUUAUUUAUUUGUUUAUUUGUUUAUUUAUUUUAAAAGUCAACGUUUGUUAGAAAGUCAGACGUCGUUUAGCUUCAUUGUAAUAUAUGCGAGGUGUAGGUGCCAUGCGUGGCUGUGUGUGGAGCUUUCGAGCUCCGUCUCCAGACCUGCUCCCCCGGCUCCUCUCCCACUCUCGGUGCUGUAGAACCCGAGCGAUCUGCCAUGGCAUGUGGCGCUCUCUACGUUUUUUCAGUACGGCUCCAGAAGCUCAGGUCGCACCUUUGCCCGGCCAGGCCAGAGUCGUGAUCUGUGGUGGGGGAAUCGUGGGAACAUCUGUCGCCUAUCAUCUGGCGAAGUUAGGAUGGACAGAGGUUGUGCUUCUGGAGCAGGGGAGACUCGGAGCUGGCACGACUCGACUAUGUGCGGGGAUAGUAAGUGUUGCCAAACCCAUUUUUAUUGAGAGCCAGAUGGCCAACUAUUCGAAUGCCCUUUAUGAGCGUCUAGAGCAGGAGACCGGAGUCAAAACAGCUUUUGCCAGGACAGGAUCUCUGUGUUUGGCUCAGAAUCAGGACCGUUUCCUCUCGCUGAAGCGUCUGGCAUCCAGACUCAAUGUUUUGGGAAUAGACUGUAACAUCAUCAAACCUAAAGAGGUUUCCAAGCUUCACCCUUUGGUGAACAUUCAUGACUUAGUAGGCGCCCUUCACCUUCCGGGAGACGCCGUGGUGUCGCCUCCAGACGUCAAUCAUGCCCUGGCAGUGGCAGCAGCAAGGCACGGAGUCCAGAUCCAUGAACGAACCAGCGUGAACCAGGUUCUCGUGGAAAAGGGUCACGUCAAAGCAGUGGAGACGGAACGAGGCUCCAUUGAUUGCGAGUACUUUGUCAACUGUGCAGGACAGUGGGCGUAUGAACUCGGCCAGAGCAGCGAAGUGAAGGUGUCUGUACCUCUGCAUGGCUGCGAACACUUUUACCUCCUCACCAAACCUCUACAGGAAUCGCUUCAACCCACAACACCCGUGGUGAUGGAUAUGGAUGGGAGGAUCUAUGUACGGAGCUGGCAGGGUGGCGUUCUUUCCGGAGGCUUCGAGAAAAACCCCAAACCCAUUUUCACAGAGGGCCGCAAUCAGCUGGAGAUCCAGAACAUGCAGGAGGAUUGGGACCAUUUUGAGCCCAUGUUGAGCGCCCUGAUGAGAAGAAUGCCGAGCCUGGACUCGUGUGAGAUCCAUCAGCUGGUGAACUGUCCCGAGUCCUUCACCCCAGACAUGCGCUGCCUCAUGGGCGAGACUCCAGGAGUGCACGGUUACUUCGUCCUAGCAGGCAUGAACUCUUCGGGUCUGUCUUUUGCAGGAGGAGCUGGCAAAUAUCUGGCUGAAUGGAUGACAUACGGCUACCCGAGUGCCAACGUUUGGCCUCUGGACAUCAAGCGCUUCGGGAAUCUGCAGAGCAGCCGCACUUUUCUGCGCCAUCGUGUGAUGGAGGUCAUGCCCCUGCUGUAUGAGCUGAAAGUGCCAAGAUGGGACUUUCAGACAGGCAGACAGCUGCGCACCAGCCCCCUUUAUGAUCGUCUGGACACGCAGGGGGCUCGCUGGAUGGAGAAGCAUGGCUUUGAACGGGCCAAAUACUUUGUCCCUCCAGGAAAGGAUUUGCUGGCCCUGGACCAGAGUAAAACCUUCUACAAGCCUGACUGGUUUGACAUCGUAGGUGCUGAGGUGAAGUGCUGUAAGGAGGCCGUGUGUGUCAUCGACAUGUCCUCCUUUACCAAGUUUGAGCUCACAUCUUCCGGAGGCCAGGCCUUGGAGCUGCUCCAGCGACUCUGUUCUAACGACCUGGAUGUUCCUGUAGGACACAUCGUCCACACAGGCAUGCUGAACGAGAGAGGAGGCUACGAGAACGACUGCAGCGUGGUGCGCCUGAGCAAGAACAGUUUCUUCAUCAUCUCACCUACAGAUCAGCAAGUGCACUGUUGGUCUUGGAUUAAGAAGCACAUGCCCAGUGACCCACAGCUCCACCUAGAGGACGUCUCUUGGAAAUACACUGCUCUUAAUCUGAUUGGUCCUCGGGCGAUGGAUGUGUUGUCCGAACUCUCGUAUGUCUCUAUGACUCCGGAGCAUUUUCCUUCUCUGUUUUGUAAGGAAAUGAGCAUGGGUUACGCCAACGGGAUUCGAGUCAUGAGUAUGACUCACACAGGAGAGCCAGGCUUCAUGCUGUACAUCCCAAUAGAGUACGCACUGCACGUGUAUAACGAGGUCAUGUCGGUGGGGCAGAAGUACGGCAUCCGUAACGCAGGAUACUACGCACUGCGCAGCCUGCGUGUCGAAAAGUUCUUCGCCUUCUGGGGACAGGAUCUGGACUCGUUCACGACGCCCCUCGAGUGCGGUCGCGAGUUCCGAGUUAAAUUCGAUAAGGAUACUGAUUUCCUGGGCAGGGAAGCUCUGUUGCAGCAGCGUCAGGAAGGAUUGACGCGCCGCUUCAUCAUGCUGGUCCUGGAGGAUCACGAUGCCGAGCUGGACCUGUGGCCGUGGUGGGGCGAAGCCAUUUACCGUAACGGCGAGUUGGUGGGUGUGACCACCAGCAGCGCCUACAGCUACACGCUGGAGCGCCACGUGUGUCUGGCUUUCAUCAGCUCACCCGGCGCACACGGCACCGCCAACGUCAUCACACCCGACUUCAUCAACCGCGGCGAAUACCAAGUGGACAUCGCCGGACACAGGUACCCAGCCAAGGCCAAGCUUUACCCGUUCAGCUCGCUGUUUGCUCAGCAGAGACGCCGCAAAGAGGACGUGGAGCUGAGCAACUUUCAGGGCAAGUAAUGGAUUAAAUAAUUCACGGCUCAAAGUACGGACAAGUAAAACUCAGCAUUGUGUUUUUUUUUUCCCUUUAAAAUGAUUUUCCUCCAUACUUUGCUUCCUAAGUGCAAUACACAUCAUUAUAUGUGCUGUAGUAUUAAGGUUUGUCAGGGUUUAUCACCCCUGUCCUCUGGAACGCCAGCUUUCCAUCUCCAAAGUGCAUCUGUCCACAUUGCACAAGCUUCACUACCUGCUCAGGUGUGUUUGGAGGUGAAGGACCUGCCGGUCUGAGGACUGGAUAGAGAAUCCUCUCUGAGCUGUGUUAUAGUAUAUGUCUGUAAUAUAGCCUGUGUUUUUGUGUGUUUUUUUUUUUCCCCUCUAAUGAGCACUGUGUUGUCUUUGUGAGUCUUUUGCUUUAAAAGGGAUACAGAAACACUAGAAAGGAAAGUCACUCUUUUUCUCAGCACCAGGAAAUCUGAGCUAGAGAGGGUGGAGAUUAGGACGAAAAAUAUCUGAUUAAUCCUUUAAAUAAUCCGUCCUGUGAACUGAACAUGUCUUUACUUUCUGCCUGAAUGAAAUGCUCCUCUGUAAUUACAGUUAAGUCGUAUUUUUCUACGUAACCUUGAUACCCUCCGACAAUCCAAUCCAGACCGUCGCGAAGGCUCGCGCCGGUGUCUGAGGCGUUUUGCACAUAACAGGAUGACAUUUUAUCAUAACGUUAAGACGUGCGUCCGCAAUCUCCCAAGCCAUUCUGAAAAUAUAUGUCAAAUAAAGAAAUUAUUUUUAUAUAUAUAUAUAGUGUACAAAAUACCCUAUUGGAAUGAAGAGUAGUGUAUAUAGCAUGCGUUUGUGCAAAAGGGCCAUAAAUAUCUAAACCCCGUACCGGUUUGAUGCACUUCACUAUAUUAUAAAAUGCGUUAUAAUGCAUCAUAACGUCACAUACUUUACCGGGACUAAAGCACUGUUGUGAGGUCUGAAGUGGUUUUAAUACUUGGUGGUUGUUGCACAACACAGUGUAGGUUGUUUUGUUGGAGAAAAGAACUGAGGAACAUCUCAGUUUGCCAAAUGUCACAUACGUAUGUUGAAGUCCGGCAUUUUUUAGUUAAAAAAAAAAAAGCAUUUUUAUGCACUUCCAGAUACAACUAUUGGUUUGUGUUCAGUGUAACUCUGUUUCUCUUUCUUUGUGUGUGUGUGUGUGUGUGUUUGUGUGAUGUUUUGUAUGAGAAUAUGAUAAAAUAUAAAACUGCACUGUCAAAAUUUAUAUAAUUUUUUUUUCAUUGUUUUUUUCCUCAUCUUUGUUCGAAGUCGCUGUUUUACUUAUUUUAAGUAAUAAAAAUUCAGACUUUAAUUAUUUUCCAACACGAAUAAAUUCCUUUUCUAAGUGUGUUUUUGUUUCCCAGUUAAAUUCUUGUAAUAAGAUUUAAAUUACUUUUUGGCAAAAGUUUGUAUCCCCUUUAGGACUUCAUAAAGAAUGUAUUUUUUUUUUGGAUGUUAGGUUUCAAAGCUUUAGCUUCAUUCAAACAAGUAACAUAUCACAUACAGUGCAUUUUAAGACCGACUCCCUUUUUGAAUACUAUAUAAAUAUUUUCUAAUAACUCGAAGCUCUUUAAAAAAAAUUAUAACACCUCGGGUUGUGUUUUUUUUUUUUUUUUUGAAUGUUGCAGAUAAAUUAGAAACCCUGAGGUACGUUUUUGUUAAACUUUUGCUCUCAGCUGUACAGUAAGUAAACACACCCAAGACAUUGUUGGUGUACAGUUUGUGUUGGAUUUGUGUGUUGUGUAAUUGAGUAGUGAAUUGUGCGCAGAUUAACCUGGUCAUCGCCCUACAUUUGGAAAAUGGAGCUGAAAUGAAACCAGAUCGAGUUGUCGUUGGCACACAGAGUGUGUUUUCGUCUGUUUACCUCUGUUCUGCUUUUAUUUUUUUAGGCUGCUGUAAUGUGCGUAUCGUCUGAAACUCCUGUUCUUUUUGUCUUUUGAAAACAAAAGAGGUUUGUUAAGGCUGUCCAUCAUAUUCCAUGUAUUUAUACUCUACUGUACAGGUGUCUUGUGUCUGUAUCAUUAAAUAAAUAAAUAAAUAAAUAAACAGA